AUGGAUUAAAUUUCUAAUAAAGUAAAAUUAGUUUCAUAAGAUAAUGUUGUUAUAGAAGUUGAUGAGGAAGUCGCAAAAAAAUCAUAAGUAAUAAAGCAUAUGAUUGAAGAUACUGGUACUGAAGAAGCAAUUCCUAUCCCAAAUGUAAAAGAAAGUAUUUUAAGAAAAAUAUUGGAGUAUUGUGAUAAACAUAGAAACGAUAAUCCUCCUGAAAUCGAAAAGCCUUUAACCACAAAUAAUUUAAGUGAAGUCGUAGAUCCAUAUGAUGCUAAAUUUAUUGAUAUGGAAAAUCUCGAAUAAUUAUUUGAGAUUAUUUUAGCUGCAAAUUAUCUUGAUAUAAAAUCUCUUUUAGAUUUGGCAUGUGCAAAAGUAGCUACUUUAAUCAAAAAUAAAACACCUGAAGAAAUAAGAAAAACAUUUAAUAUUCCUAAUGACUUUACACCAGAAGAAGAAGCUUAAAUUAGGGAAGAAAACAAAUGGGCUGAAGAAGCUACUUCUUGA